UUGUGCUCGAUCCACCAGAUAUUAUGCACAAUGGAGUGCUUCAACCGCCGCAUUUCAGGAUUACGACGGAUAUCGGCAUUUGUACGCCAAUUGGGAGGUCGGAUGGGUCGCUGUAUGGAUCGGCUCAUGAUAUGCCUUCAAAUACCGUUACUACAUUAACCUUCACAACGACCAUGUUCCGGACAAAAAUGGGGACGACACUGGAGCAUUUCUUUGCCUGGUUCAGCUGCGCAAUAUCACCUAACACUAUCGCACUGAGCGGCCGGGAUGGGCCUCCGGCUCGAAGGGAACAAUCGACACCAACAGGAGAUCGACUACACUGUGUGAACCAUCCUGUCCAGUGCAACCAGGCAACACAACAUUUCUCUUCAGCAACAGCACCAUCAUAAUCCGCGCUAGAAGCAACUCCAACUUGUUGUCGGGAGACUAAAAGAUGCAAAAUUGAUCUUAAAUAAAAGCAAACCAAUUUGUGUAGAAUGAUGAUUGAUCAAA